AUGCCCUCUGACAAUCAUGCGGAAGACGAGAACAACCAGUCCGCACAUUCUACCGGGAUCUCCUCGGAAGUGAGGCAAUCACCUCGCUUACAUCCCGAGGGGUCCCUUCAGCCCCUGUUGGUCGAGGCUACAUCACACAUCAUUGACACUAACAGGAAGGCCAAUAAGGAGCUGUUUCAAGCUCUAACUAACCAGAUCGCUGAGACCAACAAGAUUCUAUCAACUCAGAUGUCCAAUCUGUGCAACGCUAUGGCCCAGACCAUGCAAACCAUUCAGAUGAUGCACCCACCGCCCUGUGAGUCCCCCCAUCCACAAGCUCCAAUGGCUGUUGAGGAGGAUAUGAAGACAGAGAAGACCGCUAUGACUGCAAAACUUGUGAGUACCACUGACGAUAAGGCUGCUACAAAAGCUAAGAAGACUGUCGAUAAGGCCGAUCUUUCGUUCCUAGGCGACCAGAAGCGAGGCACUGCCAACUAUUGGACCGGGGAUAAUGAUGGGCGGUCUGUUGUAAGGUUGAAGACCUUGGUUGAAGCUCAGCAUCUUUAUCGUUUUGGAAACUGGGCUAUUAAGUACUUCUUCUGUUUGAGGGUCCUAUCGCCAAGCAUCCGGGAAGUUGCCGCCCUGACAGUUGAGGGAGGCAAUGCUUCGUCAUCGUUUGAGGAAUGGCACAAUGCUCUGUGGUCCCACCUCAACAAGGAGUACUCGGCAUCAUAUACUGAGGAAGACUCCCGUAAGAAGUUGCAAGCCUUGAAGAUGUCUAUGGUGAGAAGUGAUGUAGAUAUUGUUGGUGCCUAUGAUGACUACUUGCAGCAGUUUGGUUUGAUACGUAUAGAGUAUUUACAUGAGCAUGUUGAGACCACAGCCGCUGAUAGAGCUCGGAACUCUGAGGAACUAGCUCAUUACUUUUACCAAGGCCUUUCUGAUCGAGUGAAAGGUAAACUCAUUUCGGUGAUCGGUGACUCGGCGAUCUAUAAGGACCUCGACUCUCUCAAGAACAUUACAAGGAAUGUAUGCCGAGUGAUCUCGAAGAAGGCCAAAUCGAAGAUGAGCUCCUCAACUACGAGUCCUAUACCAAUUGAAGAUGCUACUACCUCUCGCUUACUCUACAGUAGGCCUCUGCGUCAGUCAGAGGUUAAUAUCGUGGAGUCUACCCUUACCAACGACCAUAUUAAGAGUUGUAAAUGUCAGAGAUGCUUGAGUCAUGGUCACUCAACGGUGUUCUGUCCCGUCGCUGAGAUGUCCUAUUCACGUCGCCGAUGCCGGACUUGUGGUAUGGUACAGCAUGAAGGUCAUUCGACACCUUGCUCUUCAUUAUCGAAAGGUCCUAUUACCUGUAUGAGAUGCUCGGGUUCGGGGCACUUUGCUAGAGCUUGCCCAGUAGCCGAGGCGAAGCCUAUGCCAGCAGAACAAAGGAAGCUUAUCUUCGACAAGAUCAACGAGAAGAAGGUCUCGGUUACCACAGAGAUUUCGAAGCCAUCACAGGCCAAUCUGGUCUCUCUUUCGACCUCGGAAACCCGGCCCAGUUCAAGUCUCACCAGUAUUGACGUUUACCUAGAGACUUUGGAAGCGAAGAUUCCCUAUAAGCAGUCUGCUUUGAUCGAUUCGGGUGCGUCUCAUUGUUUUAUCCAUCCUGAUUUGAUUCAUAGAUGGAAGGAAUCUGGUGUCUCUUUGAAGAUCCGGCCCACUGGUUAUGUCGCCAGCAGCAGCGAUGCCUCUAAAGAUCCUAUUCCUAUUGAUACGUCGGUAACAGUUUCUGUGUCUUUUACGCAGAAUAGUAGUUCGGUGGUGCUCAAGUGUUACGUCUAUCCUGAUCUGAGCCAUCAGAUGUUGCUAUCCAGUUCUGUUCUCCGUGAUGCUGGCUGCCUAUGGUUUAUGCUUCCUGGUCACGCCGAUUGUAUGUUACUCGGUGAUUCCGCUCAGGAGGUGAGAGACAUUCUCAAAGGUCUAGGGUUUCAGCCUAAGCCAUUGACAGGAGGAACCUUGGCUCCAGAUUAUCUCAGCCUUAACUGCCUCAAUCUACGAGCUCUGCAAUAUGAUGGCUUCGAGGAUGGUUGGGAAUCUACUCGGCGUAUGAUGUCCUACACCUUACAGCUUUGUGAUGGUAUUGAGGGUCAGAGUUAUGCAGAAUGCUAUGCUGAUGAACAAGAAGCACUUCGACGUUGUGAACAACUAGCUUCCUCUGAAUUUCCAGCAAAAGAUCGUGAUCUGCGGCAUGUUAUUGAGGACCUCGACAGCGUUGUGACUAAGUGCUUCGAUAUCCAUUUGCAACGUGAUCCAGUCGGUGCACCAGAUGGGAGGCCGGUCGUUCGAGUACCAUGGAAGUCUGAUGCGAGGCCACCCGUGAAUGGCUUCCAAGCUAUGCGCUGCGAUAGAGCCAUUAUGAGGAAGUUGACAACGGAGAAGAAAGAACAGUUCUGUGAGAAGGUCGACGAGUUCAUCUCUCUUGGAUUCUGCAGCCCUACAUCUCCAGCUAAGUCCUUGGCCGAGCUCGAAAGCUAUCUACAAGACUCUCGCUCAGAUUUAGAGCGGGGAGCUGUCCCAUUGCCGUCAGUAACUGGAAGGUUCAUUAGAGCCUUCUGUGUUAAUGAUCCAGUGAGUGUCACUACUCCCAUACGGGUCGUACUGGAUGCCAGGGCUGAGAACUCGUUUACCUUUGCUUUUCCGGUUGGGAAGAAGGAUUCGCCAUCCUCAUUGGAGGCCAAUUUGCUUUAUUGGCGAGGCGGCAAGUUUUACUUUAGUAUGGAUAUAAGUAAAGCCUUUUUAUCAUUGGGGAUUCACCCCAUUGACCGACCCUACUGCGGUAUGCAAGGGGCCGGGAGGACCCUACAGUUCAAUUCGGUCUACUUUGGUGCAGGGUGGGCUCCGAGAGCCCUUCAAGAGAGUACUGAUUUCUUAAAAGUCCUUUGGCAAGAUGAACUUCGAGGAGAUCGGCUGAAGAUAGGCGCGGCGAUCAAGUAUCUUCCUUUGGAUGAAGCGAGACCCCCUCCUCCUAUCCCGCUACCCCCGGUACCCUCUCAUCAACCUGAUCCUACUGACAUCGACUUGCUCAAGCUCUAUCUAGAUGAUGUGGUGGCCUCUGGAAAUGAUCGCCAACGCCUCAUGGGCCUCCGUUCAUUUACCCGUUACAAGUUCAGCAGACAUGGACUCUAUUGUAAUCCGGAGAAGGAUGAUGAUAACUUAGACGACAAGACUACUCCGAGUGAAGGCCGUGAGGAUACAACGGCACGUCAUUUGGGAUACAGCUAUUUACCGGUAUCAGACCAUCUCGUAAUGGCCUAUGGUACAGGUCGUGGCUCCUGUUUGUCAUCGCUGCCAUCAACGAUUCUUACUAAAGCUCAGGCUGUGAGUAUCCUUAGUGCUCUAUUUGAUCCCAUUGGAUUGUGGAGUGAAUGCAGCAAUGGUGCUCGCAUACUACUUCGGAAAAUUGCUCAAUCUAAUGUGUGUUGGUCCCUGCCUAUCCCCGAUGAACUUGAUGCGGAGAUUCGAGGUUGGAGAGACAUUGCACUUGCCUGCAAGUACAACUUUCCUAGGCACUUGGAUUUUGCCUCUGGCGGACUUGUUGGAUUCUCUGAUAGCUCAGGUGAGCUGUGGUGCUGUGACGUUAGGGUAGCUUCUACUUCUGGUGUACAAGCUACUACUUUUAAUCGGGUGAUCUGUAAGUAUGGCUAUUGCGAUGACCCGAAAGGUAGACCCCGAACUAUUGUUCUGAAGGAGUUGGAUGCCCUCGCUCGCCUAUGUGACUUGCUUCAACAUGUCGAGACGCUGGUGUCGUGUAUGCCGAUCGCCACGGCUAUUAAGCCCCACUCAGUCACGCUAUUUUGUGACUCGGAAAUAGUUAUUUGGAAGUUGUUGAACUACGGAAAGUCCAAGGGGUGUCUACCACGGUUUGAAGAGAACAGGCUUAAGAGGAUCCACGACUACUUCACUGGGUCAAACCGCUAUUGCAGAGUCUACCAUAUUAGUGGUGAUGGUAACCCCUCGGACCGUCCGACGAGGCCUAAUUCCGAGCCCAUGCCUGACGCUGAGAUCGACAUCGCGGUUCAGAAUGCUAAAACUAAGAACUUCGUGUUUGAUACAUCAGCGGCCAAGCUCAACUCUCAGACCAUUUUCAGUAAGAAGAGUAGGUCAUCUCCUAAGAAGGUCCUCAAUGUUGAGAUCAUUGAUGAUGCCGUUUUGCAAGCAGAGAUAUUACAGUCCCAAAAACUGGACGAGGAAUGUCGGCAUAUUGUGAAAGCAUUCGAGGGCCUCAAGGAGGAUAAGGUGUCACAAGUGUCUAGAAGCCGGCAACUCCGAGACAAAGUGGUUGUGGAUGGUAUUGUGCGGCUCCGAACUCUAGACUGGUCUGAUGAGAGUGCUCCUAAGAUAGGUGGUUGUAAGUUUCUGAUCCCCAACGGUGAUAAGAAGCUUCAGUUGAAGAUUCUUCGACGUUGUCACGAUCUCAAGAAGCACUGCGGUGUCUCGGCAUUUAAAAGGUAUGUUGGUGCAAGAUUCCACUGGAAGAAGCUCAAAGCUGACUGUAAGCACCAUGUGGAGCACUGUCCGAUCACAGACCGUGAGCGUACUCCCCAGAAUCUUAAUAAAGCUUUUGGUGGCUCUGCAACUUGGCGUAGUGGAUUUCGCCCAAUGGAAUGUUGGGGGAUUGACAUAUGUGGACCUUUUCGAAGACUGGCUUCUGACGACGGUUGGUCCGACGACGACUCAAUUUCGAGUCUCGAUGGUGCUGAUGUGGAGACCUAUAUCCUGACCGCCACUUGCAUCGCUACGGGCUACCUUAUGACUAGAACGAUGCCCCGUAAGAGUACUGAUGCGUGUACUAAGGCUCUAUGCUCUAUGAUCGCUUCGGAAGACUACCCUUUCUGCAUUGUGUCCGAUCAGGAUAAGGCCUUCUGCUCGAGAGAGUUUCAGGCAACUUUGGCGAGCUUCCCGUUCAAGGUCCAACACCUCGUGGUACCAAGAUUCUCACCUUGGUUACGAGGAUGGUACGAACGUCAGCACCAAGAUUUUGUCAAGGCGCUCAGAGCUUCUAUCAAUCAUGAGGUCCUACAUCAAGAAGAUUGGUCAGGAGUGGUGCAAAGCUGUACUCGUUCUCUCAAUGUGACUCCAUACUCGGAUGUAUCGCCUCUUGCUCCGUGGCAUCUAAUCAAGAGCUAUCCUUCCAGGCAUGAUGUCACUGACCACGAGCAUGCUGAUGACUAUAAGUCCAGGAUGGGACUACUGUCUCCCAGAUGGUAUGAGGAUCUGGGAAACCUGUAUGGAGAACUUCGAGAUCGAAGAGUUGUUACUCUGAAGGGAUAUCUGGAUUUUUGGAGAGAUCGUCGUGAUGAGUUGUAUCGGCGUGCCUUACUAGAUCGAGGCUCUGACCAUCGUGAAGCCUUCACCGACGGAUGUACAGCUUAUAGAUGGGCGCCAAGAGGAGAUAAGCUAUCUUACCAAUGGCACGGCCCCUAUAUCUUCCGAGGCUUUUCUGUGGAAAGUAAGGCGAUGGGCAUCAUUGAAGAUCCAAAGACGGGUACCAAAACUGUGGAGUCCAUGCUCAAUCUCAAGAAGUCCAAUGCUGCUCCAGCGAGCUCCUGUUCGAUUGAUGAUGGCCUACCUCCGUUCCCAGUUGGUACGAGGAUCUCUAUGCUCUUCACCGUGAACGGCUCAGAUGAAUUCUAUGAUGGUGUUGUCGAAAGAGUCAAGGAUAAUGGCCUAUUGACGGUGUUAUUUGAUGAUGGAGAGCGUUGUGACGAUAUCGACCCACAUAAGGAAGGGGUGAAGAUGAUCCAUUAACGAUCAUUAACUGAUUUCUGUUGGUUCUAACCGGUGAUCAUUCAUCGUCGCCAAUUCAUAAUACACCAUUGCUUAUAUUUUUAUUCACGUAUAUAUUGCAUUUGAGGCGCCGGGCACUGUGCGGUACACCGCAUUGUGUGCUGUGUGUUGCGUGCUGUCUACCCUGAAGCACCAGCACACAAUCGGCCGUUACAUAGCUCAGCAGUUGAG